AUGACAUCUGAACAAAAAGAAUCAAUUCUGCAAAUACCGACUUCUGUAGAUUUAACCCAGAAAGAUGAAUCCAGUCCCAAUAUUGAUUCGACCAAGGCAACGAAGGCUUCCUUUUCUGUUCCUUCUAAAGAUCCUAUUAAAUUCGUGUCAUUGAUAUCCCGUGAUGAUAGACCACUAUACAUACAAUCAUUUAACAGUGAAAACGCUACUAUAGAGGAUACAAAUAAUUUCUUGAAAUACAACUUCCUAAGUCACAUUGCAUUGGAUGUUUUGUCAUCUCCGGUUUCUAUGAGCUUACGUGAGCAACAACAACAACAUCAACAACAAGGAAAACUAGAAAUGUCAGUUAUUCUAUUAUUCAUUCAAGAUCAAGUAAUGGUGUAUGGAUAUGAGACAAAUAAUGGGUUGAGAAUUAUAGUUGGUUUAGAUCAAAGUUAUGUUGUUUCAGAUCAAGCUCAAUUGAAACAAUUGUUCCUAGAUAUUCACAAGUGUUAUAUAAGGGCGGUACUCAAUCCAUUUAACAGUUGCCCCGAUAAUGAAAUGGACUCUAAUGAUUCAGUAUUACAAUCGCCAACAUUUGAUAGAAAUAUUAAGAGAAUAGUAUAUGUUUGGCCCCGGAAACUAACUUAA